CUCAUCACUUUCAUCAUCCCACAAACACAUAUAUUCCUGAAAGAAAGACAAAAAAAAUGGCUGAAGGAGCUCUCUUCGACCUUGUCAAGAAAGUCCUUGAAGUGGUGGGUUCCUUAGCUCUCCAAGAGAUCAAGUUGGCCCAUGGUGUCAAAGCUGACCUUGAAAAUCUAAAGAGCACAGUUUCCACAAUCAAAGAUGUACUUCUUGAUGCUGAAAAGAAGGCUGGUGAUAGUGUUGCGGUCAAAGGUUGGCUCGAAAAGCUUAAAGACGUCCUCCAUGAUGCAGAUGACGUGCUGGAUGAUUUCUCCACUGAAGCUUUGCAACGCAAAAUGAUGGCUGGAAAUAAGAUGACUAAGGAGGUACGCAUUUUCUUUUCAAGUUCAAACCAGCUUGCUUUUAGUCUUAAGAUGGGUCAUAGAAUAAAGGCAACUAGGGAGAGACUAGAUGUCAUUACAAAUGAAAUGAUGAAGUUCUCCUUUAUAAAAGGCUCCAUCGAGCCACAAGUCAAGAAUAGGGAUAGGGAAACUUAUUCUUUUGUACUUCAAGAUGAAGUAAUUGGGAGAGAGGAUGAUAAACAAGAAAUUAUAAAAUUUCUUUUGCAUACCAAUGUUGAAGAUGAUGUUUCAAUUAUUCCAAUAGUUGGAAUUGGAGGCCUAGGGAAAACUACACUAGCUCAACUCAUUUACAAUGAUGAAAAUGUCGAAGCACAUUUUAAGCCAAAGUUGUGGAUUUGUGUAUCUGAUAACUUUGAUGUAAAACAAAUUGUUAAACAAAUUGUUAUACAAAUUUUAGAAUCUUUGAAAGAAGAGAGGCAAAAAGAAAACCUUGACAAUUUACAAAACCACCUUGAUGUAAAACAAAUUGCUGAACAAAAUUUAGAAUCUUUGAAAGAAGUGAGGCAUGAAGAAAGCCUUGAAAAUUUACAAAAGCACCUUCGAAAAAAUCUUAAUGGAAAAAAAUACUUCCUUGUCCUGGACGAUGUCUGGAAUGAGGACAGAGAUAAAUGGCUCCUCUUGAAAAAUUUAUUAGUAGGUGGUGCAAGGGGAAGUAGGAUACUGAUAACCACACGUUCUGAAAAUGUAGCAAAGAUAACUGCCACAAAUUCGUGGUAUUCUCUAAAAGGUCUACCUAGAGAAAAGGCUUGGAGUUUGUUUGUAAAAAUGGCAUUUGAACACAGUCAAGAACCAACAAAAAAAUUCUUAGAAAUAGGAAAUAAGAUUGUUGAAAAGUGUGAUGGAUUACCUCUCGCUAUAAGAACAAUAGGAAGCCUAUUGUAUCUCAAAACUUCUGAGAUUGAGUGGCAAUCAUUCUUAGAUAAUGAACUCUUAAAAAUAGGUCAACAAGAAAAUAAAAUCUCAUCAACUCUUAAGUUGAGUUAUGAUCAUCUUCCACCACACUUGAAGCAAUGCUUUGCUUAUUGUCGAUUGUUUCCAAAAGAUGAUAGGAUUGAUGUAUACACACUUAUUAAUCUUUGGGUAGCACAAGGAUUUAUUGUUUUAGUAGGUCCAAAGCAGCGGUUUGAGGAUGUUGGUAAAAAAUAUUUUAUGGAAUUACUUUGGAGGUCAUUUUUCCAAGAUGUAGAAAAUGAUGAAUGGGGCAAUAUAAAAUCGUGUAAAAUGCACGAUCUCAUGCAUGAUCUUGCAAGUCUUGUGUCUGGAACGGAAAGUGCCGUAUUAAAUUCAAGUGGAGAAAAUGAUAUUGAAAAAGUUCGUCAUGUAUCAUUUAAUUUUAUGGAUUCACCAAUGCAAUUUUCAACCCCCAUACCUAAUGGAAGGAAGAUACACACAGUUCUAGUAUUUAAUUUAUGGUGGAAUUUGGGUAAUUUAAAUUGUGAUGCAUUCAUUUCAAAUUGUAAGUAUUUACGUGCAUUGAAUUUGAGUAACCUAAGAUUACUUGUAGUGCCACGUUCAAUUGGAAAAUUGAAGCAUUUAAGAUACCUUAAUCUUUCUAGAAAUGGAAUUAAAAUUCUCCCUAAUUCCAUUACUAAGAUGCUGAAUUUGCAAACACUGAUACUACAAGAUUGUGCAUCGCUUACAGAAUUACCCAAGGGCAUUAAAAAGUUGGUCAAUCUCAGGUUUCUAGAUAUGACAGGUUGCAGCUACGAAUUGACUAAUAUGCCCCUUGAAAUCGAGCACCUUACUUGUCUUGAGACAAUACUACCAGGGGUUGUUGUGAGAAUGGCCGGUUCUGGGGGCGAAAAUGGCCAACUGGCCUUAAAAACCAAACUAUCUAGUUAGUAGGCUCUCUUUAGAAACAUAUUUCAUUUAUAGCAUCUCGAGUCUUAAAGACUCGAUUUUGGGCUUCAAAAUCGAGUCUUUAAGGCUCGAUUUGUAUGCUUGACCAUGUCUGAUGUGGCAGAGUUG